GGGCCGAUCAAGCAGAGAGUGCUUCACAGCUCGCACGCCUUUUCCUCUUCCCUCUCUCUGUUAAGACUUAGGAGCGAGAGCGAGGAGCAAUGGCAGUAGCGAGUGUGGCCGCUUUGCAGGCGAAGAAGCUCAUGAGGCUCACCAUCUCGCUCUUCGGACGACGCUUCAACUCUUCGAAAUGCAAAACGGCGGCGAAGAUGACGGUGGCGAGGAUAAAGCUGCUGAGGAACAAGAGACAGGCUGUGGUGAAGCAGAUGAGGCGGGAUAUUGCGUUGCUUCUCCAGUCUGGUCAGGAUGCCACUGCUCGUGUCCGGGUUGAGCAUGUGCUAAGAGAACAAAAUAUUUUGGCUGCAAAUGAGUUCAUCGAGCUCUUCUGCGAGUUAAUUGUUGCUAGACUUCAAAUCAUUUCAAAGCAGAGGGAAUGCCCGGCAGAUCUGAAGGAAGGCAUUUCAAGUCUAAUAUUUGCCUCGCCGAGGUCCUCAGAGAUUCCAGAAUUGGCUGCAAUUAGAAAACUUUUCGAGAAGAAGUAUGGCAAAGAUUUUGUGUCUGCAGCGAUUGAGUUGCGACCAAACUGUGGUGUUAACAGGAUGCUAAUUGACAAGCUCUCCGUUAGGACCCCAUCUGGUGAAACAAAAUUGAAAGUGUUGAAGGAAAUAGCAAAGGAGUACCAGAUUAAAUGGGAUACUACAGAGUCUGAACAGGAGCUUCUGAGGCCUCCAGAAGAGAAAAUAGAAGGACCACAGAAGUUUGUUAGUGCAACCAGCUUCCCGGUGAAGCCCAUGGAUGCAAAGUCUGUCAAUCCAAAUGAACAUAGUGCAAGAUCAAAAGGCGGCAACAAGGAAACUUCGCCAUAUGAGGAUUCCGCAUCCGCUGCCAAAGCCGCUGCAGAUUCUGCCUGGCAAGCAGUUGCCGCUGCACAAGCUGCUGCCUAUCUGGCAAACAAAGAACCAAAUGAGGCGACUCACGUUCACCGAUCCCCUGCUUCAUUCGCGCAAAAUGUUUUUUCUAGCUUUUCUCACAAUCAGGAGGCAUCAUCCGGACAUCUGAAUUAUGAAAAUCAUGCGAACAAUGAGGAGAGAAGGUAUUCCCCACAUACGGAGACCGGAGGAGCUUAUAGAAGGCACAGUUACAACAGUGUCGGUUUCGUUCAUCCAGAAUCAAAGUUUGAUGACGAAGUAAGUGUCGAAAAGUUCCGUUUUUCAGGAGACGAUGACUUGCUCUCUACCCAUGUUGGCGCUGGAAAGAUGCAUCGUAGGCACAGCUACAAUGCUCCCUCCCGUCGUCCAGACAAAAAGUUCGACGAAUCAGACUAUGAGGAAGAUGAAGAGGCGGAAGAUUCCUCCGGCAAAGCCCGCCCACCGCGGGCUCCGACUCCACCACUGGCACCAUCGUCUGUUACACAAGACUCGGUCCCUCACGUUCAUCCAAAAUUGCCAGAUUAUGACGACCUUGCAGCUCGCUUCGAAGCGCUCAAGUAUUGGAAGUGAAGUGAUGAAUCUGAAUACAGUCGAUUGCUCAGUUUGCAUGCCACUUUUGUCGAUUACAAUUUCCUAUCUUGUCUAUGCAACAAAUCUAUUACGAGAACACUAAACAUACGUAAAUCGACACAGGUUUGUUCGUAAUCCAUACUAUACGUUCGUUUGUUCA